AUGAUGAGAUCAUCACCGAAUCGUUCACCAAACAGAUCAAUGCCGAGAAUAUUUAAAAAUAGACGUCCAUCAAAAAAACAACUUUCAGUAGUUUUAAAUACUGCAGAUUUUGAAUUUUGUCAAGCACCGAAUGAGAACGAAAUGUUUGAAGCAAUGCAGAAUUCAAAUAAUAAUACGAAUCAAUCCGAUUCAAUAACAUCCGAUGACACUAUUACUGAUCGACGAGAUCAACCUUCAAGUAUGUAUAGCAGUAAUAGCCCAACAACGACUAACAAAAAAUUUUUAAUCUCGCACUUAAAAAAUCGGCUUAUACCACAAAGAUGUGAAAACAUGAAGAAAGAUGAGAAUCACGAUGAAAAAAAUAGUGGUUUUCUUUUAGUUGAUCAAAUUGAUACUGAUUUAGUCUUGAUACAAACAGAUACAUUUGAUCAACAGAGUACACGUCAUCCGGAACCUUGUGGUGUUCCACCAAGUUAUGAUGAUAAUAUGGAUAUUAAUCAAAUGCAACUUAUACCGACUACACCAGUUACACCCAAUUUAUUACCACCAGAACAACCAUCAUUAGUUUCUUCUCUAUUACCUGUCGCUAAUCACUCAAGUCAUGAAUUAGACAUUCAAGCAACACAAGCCGGAGUUGAAUGUGCCGCACCUUUGUUUGAUGAACUAGGUGCUCAUGAUACACAAUUAUCAGCCACAAAUUCAUCUUCAUCGACGACCUCAUCUAAUAAUGAUCCACGCUUUAAUGUUGACCGAGCAACACUCAAUGAUUAUGAUUAUGUUCAAGGACAAAAAUAUGAUCUUGAACGCAUUACACUCUACGAAAUAGAUUUUAACGAUGAUCUUCGUUAUGAACAACAAUCUGUACAUUCGACUGAAAACGAAAAAAAUGAAUUCAAUCAUAACUAUAACGCAGCAAAGGAAACCAAUGUCAAGCUUAAAGAAGAAUUGAAAAAAUUAGAAAUAUUAUUCCAACAACAAGAGCGGCUUCGUGCGCCAUGGACAUGUGAAGUUUGUACGUUUUUUAAUAGACCAUAUAUUGAAACACUUCGAGAUGUUUGUGAAAUGUGUGAAGGGCCGAGUCCAUUAAAACGAUAUACAUUAACCAAUUGA